AUGAGUGGGACCUCGACGGUGUCGGUGACCGCGGCUGGGAUUGGUGGGGAGGGGUAUUUUCGGCCGCCGUUUACGGCUGUUCAGUGGCAGGAGCUGGAGCAUCAAGCUCUGAUAUACAAGUACCUUGUGGCUGGACUCCCCGUGCCGGCUGACCUCGUCGUCCCCAUUCGCCAUAGCUUUGGGGCCUUGUCGGCCAGGUUUUUUCACCACCCUACCUUGGGCUAUUGUUCGUAUUAUGGGAAGAAAUUUGACCCUGAGCCGGGUAGGUGCCGAAGGACAGAUGGGAAGAAGUGGAGGUGCUCCAAAGAUGCCUACCCAGACUCCAAGUACUGUGAGCGGCACAUGCACCGUGGCCGCAACCGUUCAAGAAAGCCUGUGGAAUCUCAAUUUACUUCGCAGUCCUCAACUGCGAUGUCACACAUUUCUGCUGGCUGCAACAGUAGUAGUGGAAGUUCCCAAAGUAGUGGCAGCGGAAUGUUUCAAAACCUGCCGCCAUACACCAUGGUUAAUGCGGGGAAUAUUUUCUAUGGAAACAAUGUAUCAAAGUUGCAAAUGGAGCCUGGCCCCUAUGGGAUCAGUAACAAAGAAUACAGGUAUCUCCAUGGACUGACACCUGAUGCAGAUGAGCACAAUUUCCCUCCAUCUCAAUUUCCCUCCAUCCCAUUGUCGAGACCAAGAAAUGAUUCUUAUUUUCAAAGCAACUACCCACAGCUGCAAAUGGGGCACACUUUUGAGCCUAUGAUUGAUGUUGCAAUGUCAAAACAACGGCAGCAACAUUGCUUCUUUGGUAGCGACACUGGUUCACCAGGGCCAGCCAAGCAGGAUCAGCAUUCUAUGCGGCCUUUUUUCGAUGAAUGGUCUAAACCUAGAGAGGCAUGGUCUGAUCUGGAUGAUGGGAAUUCCAACAAGAGUUCUUCCUCUGCCACUCAGUUAUCUAUCUCCUUUCCGAUGGCCUCCUCUGAAUUCUCUUUGAAGAACGCUAGUUCCUCAAAUGGUGAGUUAAGUCUCUUAACAGACUAAUCUUGUUCAAUGAUCACCUCAUGCUUGCCUUCC